CGACCUUUAAUCUUCAGAAGCGUACGACGGAGGAGGAAGAACCAGCGAAAACGACGAUGGCCACUGCUAACGUCGUCACCGUCGUGGCGCACGGUAGCGCAAGUUUACUCUGUCCGUGGCGCACGUUAGCAAUCUCCGGCCGGAGAAUUUCGUCCUUUGUACCGGCGAAGUCGGGGAAUUUCUAUCCUCUGCGGCGGAGACUCGGUGCACCUCCGCCGAUGCGCCUUGUGAUUCGCGCCGCCAGAACCGAGUCACGUGGAGUAAACUUAGGCGUAAGAGCUCCACAUUUUGAGCUGCCGGAGCCACUUACAGGAAAUGUGUGGAAAUUAGAUGAUUUCGAGCUAUACCCAGCUUUACUGGUUAUGUUCAUAUGCAAUCAUUGCCCCUUUGUGAUACACUUGAAGAAAGAAAUUGUAAAGCUUUCUAGUUUUUACAUGAAGAAGGGUCUUGCUGUUGUUGCAAUAUCUUCAAACUCUGUCAUCACUCACCCUCAGGAUGGACCUGAGUUCAUGGCAGAAGACGCAAGAGCUUUCAAGUACCCAUUUCCUUAUUUAUAUGAUGAGUCACAGGAGGUUGCAAGAGAAUUUGGUGCUGUCUGCACCCCGGAAUUUUUCUUGUACAAGAAGGACGGCCGUAGGCCAUUUGAGCUGGUGUAUCACGGUCAAUUUGAUGAUUCUCGGCCAAGCAAUAACAUGCGUAUCACAGGAAGGGAUCUAAGCCAGGCGAUUGACUGUGUCCUCAGCGGUCAACCGGUGCCAUCAAAUCACAAGCCAAGUGUUGGUUGCAGCAUAAAAUGGCAUCCACAGGCAGAAUCAUGAGCUGGGAGAAUUGGAGUCACAAAUGUUCAAAGAAUGAAACUGAUAAGGCAUUCAGAGUAUACGCGAGGAAGAAGCAGAGGAAGUCUGUUGGUUGAUUUUUUUUCUUUAGUUUGUGUUGAUUGAUAUUGUAAUUAGUAUUGUAUUUGUCUGGUUGAUUGUGUUAGAGUUGGUUAGUAUAGGAUUACUGAUUGCGUGUCUGUAUAAAUAGGUUUGUUUGUUUUCAUUUUGGUGAAUUGUGGGUUGUCGGUCGAGAGAGAGGACCUCUUGUUAAACAAGUUGUUCGGAUUACAAAUCGUUGAUCAUUGUUGUUACAGA